CCGGCCUGAAGCUGACACCGGCGCCGGGAGAGAGCCGCGGGAGGCGGUUGGGGCCAUGAGCAGGUGAUACGGUGACGAGCUCACAGAUGCUGCCCCGAUCGCUGCCGGAUGUCGUUGUUUCAGCCCAGGAUGAACAAGCCCAGAGACUUGCAGCAUGACCUGGAGCGGAGCCUCCCAGCCAUUGCGUCCAUGAGCACCUCCCUCUCACAGAGCCAGGGCUUCUCCCCGCACUACUACUUCCCCCCGGAGAAGAGGAGAGCCAUCUCGGACGUCAGGAGGACUUUCUGCCUCUUUGUCACCUUCGACCUGCUGUUUGUCUCUCUGCUGUGGAUAAUUGAGCUGAAUACCAAGGAUGGCAUUCAGAAGAACUUGGAGAGCGAAAUCAUUGAGUACCGGUUUAAAACCUCAUUCUUUGAUAUAUUUGUCUUGGCUUUUUUCCGGUUUUCUGUGUUACUUCUGGGCUAUGCACUCUUAAAACUGCGCCACUGGUGGGUCAUCGCGUUCACUACACUGGUGUCCAGUGCCUUCCUCAUCGUGAAGGUCAUCCUCUCUGAGCUGCUAGCCAAGGGGGCUUUUGGGUACUUACUUCCCAUCGUCUCUUUCGUUAUCGCCUGGCUAGAAACUUGGUUCCUGGAUUUUAAAGUCCUAUCUCAGGAGGCGGAAGAGGAACGAUGGUACUUGGCAGCGCAGGCCGCAGCCUCCCGGGGCCCUCUGCUCUAUUCCGGAGCCCUCUCUGACGGGCAGUUCUAUUCCCCUCCGGAGUCCUUUGCAGGAUCGGACAACGAGUCUGAUGAAGAAGGUGUGGGGAGGAAAGCGUUAACAGCCCAGGAGAAGGAAUACGUCCAACAAGGCAAAGAAGCAAUGGAGGUUGUGGAUCAAAUCCUCGCCCAGGAGGAAAACUGGAAAUUUGAAAAAAACAAUGAGUUUGGCGAUGUUGUUUACACCAUUGAAAUUCCUUUCCACGGCAAGACCUUUAUUUUAAAGGCCUUCAUGCAGUGUUCUGCUGAAACAGUCUACCAGGAGGUGAUUCUCCAACCUGAGAGGAUGAUCCUGUGGAAUAAAACGGUGGCAGCUUGCCAGAUCUUACAGCGGGUUGAAGAUAACACCAUUAUCUCCUACGAUGUUGCAGCAGGAUCUGCAGGGGGUGUAGUGUCACCCAGGGACUUUGUAAACGUGCGUCGCAUUGAAAGAAGACGAGACCGCUAUAUUUCCUCAGGGAUGUCAACCACUCACGCUUUGAAGCCUCCACUGUCCAAAUACGUCAGGGGCGAGAACGGGCCAGGAGGCUUCAUUGUACUGAAAUGUGCCAACAAUCCCAAAGUUUGCACCUUCAUCUGGAUCCUCAACACGGAGCUCAAGGUAAAGUGGGUUCCACGUCAGCGUGUGCCUCGCACCCAGCACAGAGCACAAGGUGGAGAGUCUGCCUCGCGGCUCUGCCAGUAUUUGCAAGCAGUGAGAUCUAAUCCCCACCCAGGAGAACUCAAACCUGUGGUGCAGACGGUGCAACCAAACCCAUCUCCUCGUGAGCCUGUUCCCCAGAGGCAGCCGGAUCACACCCUGCCACAAAGCCCUUGA